GACUGACAUUAAAUAUUUUACAAGUGAAAGUGUUACAGCAUUCAUGUCAACGAAUUUGGAAGAAUGGUUUAAAGAUCAUAUCAAAGAACCUAUUCUCACCCAGCUUGAAGAAUUUCAGGAGAAAGAUUCUGGCUAGACCCUGACGAGUAUUAUCAGUUUGUGUAUCAAUAUGAAAAAAUAUUCUCCAAUCAAGGGGAGUUCCUUCAUUCCACUUCCAAAGUUUAUAGAAAAGAAAAAGGCAUGUGUUAAUAUUCGUAAUAAUGAUAAUCAGUGUUUCAAGUAUGCUAUACUUUCAGCAUUGCAUCCUAGUGAAACUAAUCCCAAUAGAGUUAAUCAAUAUCGUAUGUAUGAGAACGAGCUGAACUUUGGUGAUAUAGAAUUUCCAGUCAAACUUAAAGAUGUACCAAAAUUUGAAAAAUUAAAUGAUAUUUCAGUAAAUGUAUACAUGUUAAAAAAGUAUAAUGAAAAGUUUGAAGUAUCGCCAUGCCAUAUUACAAAAGAAAAGAAAGAAAAACAUGUAAAUCUACUCCUCAUUCAAGAUUUUUACAUAGAUGAAAAUGAAGAAAAUAAUCAUGAUGUUGGCGGAAGCCUGCCUAAAUACCACUACGUUUGGAUUAAGUAUCUGUCUCGAAUUUUAAGCUCUCAAUUAAGCAAAUCUCAUGUAAAAUCAUACCACUGCGAAAGGUGUUUACAAAUUUUUUACUGUAAAGAAAGGCUGGAAAUGCACGAAAAUUAUUGCAAAAAUAUAAAUAAAUGUCGAAUUAAUUUGCCCGACUUUAAGAAUAACAUUCUUAAAUUUGAAGAUUAUAAUAAAAGUGAAAAAGUUCCUUUUGUUAUUUAUGCAGAUUUCGAAUGUUUGUUAAAGCCUACUGAAAAUGAAAAUGCUUUUCAGCUUCAUGAAGCAUAUAGCAUAGGCUAUUAUAUAAAGUGCAGCUUUGAUGACAGUUUAUCUGUUUAUAAAUCAUACAGACAUAAAAAUGAAGAUGAAGAGACACCGGCAAAAUGGUUUGUUCGAGAAUUGAAAGGAAUUAGUGAAAAGAUUGAUCUACUCUACAAAAAUCCAAAACCAAUGAGACUUACAGAUCUAGAAGAAUUAUCUUUUCGGGGGUCAACUGUUUGUCAUAUAUGUCGAAAGCCUAUUAAAAAUGAUGAACUCGCAGUACGAGACCAUUGUCAUCUAACAGGACGUUUCAGAGGGGCAGCUCACAAUUCAUGCAAUUUAAAUUACAAGGAUUCGAGGUUUGUGCCGGUUAUCUUUCAUAACCUCAAUUAUGACACACACUUCAUUUUGAAAGAGAUUGCUACUUCUACAAUAAUGACUGGACGAGUAUCUCUGAUACCUCACAACAAAGAAAAAUAUAUUUCAUUUACGAAGUUUAUAGAUGACUGUGACAUCAGUUUUAGAUUUAUUGAUUCAUGGCGUUUUUUACCAUCAUCGUUGGAAAAGCUUGCAUCAUAUUUGGAAACAGUGCCGAUAGCAGUAAAUGAGUUCAAAACUGAUGGAUUUACAGAUGAGCAAAUCAAUCUUCUGAGACGAAAAGGUGUAUUUCCAUAUGAUUUCGUAGAUGGAUUGGACAAGUUGAUGACUACAAAACUGCCAGAAAAGAAUGAGUUUUACAAUAAACUAACAGAUUCUCACAUUAUUGAUGAAGACUAUCAUCAUGCUGUUACAGUGUGGAAUAUGUUUUCUACAAGAACUUUGGGUGAAUAUUCUGAUUUGUACUUGAAAACAGAUGUUUUAUUAUUAGCUGACGUCUUUGAAAGUUUUCGAGAGACAUCACUGAAAGCGUAUAGUUUAUGUCCUACACACUUUUACACGACUCCAGGUCUCACAUUUUCAGCAGCUCUAAAAAUGACAAAAGUGGAAUUGGAGCUUCUCACAGAUAUAGAUAUGCUGAUGUUUAUUGAAGCAGGCAUUCGAGGAGGAAUAAGUCAAUGUUGCAAUCGGUAUGCUAAGGCAAACAAUCCCUACAUGGGAUCAUCAUAUGAUAAGAAGCAGAAAACGAAGACGCUCUUAUAUUUUGAUAUUAAUAAUCUUUAUGGAUGGGCCAUGGUGCAGUAUUUACCAGUGGGAAAAUUCAAAUGGAUUGAAUAUGAAACAAAUUCAAAUUUUUUCAAUGCACCACCAGACUCUGAUACAGGCUACUUUGCAGGUACUAGAUAAUGGACUUCGACUUAAAAAAGUGCAUA